UAUGAAAUCGAUUCAGUGUCGACUAGUAGUGCUGUGCGUAAAUAGGUGCGCGAAUUUGAUUUUGUUCGGUGCUGGUCGUAAGAUAAAAUGUUUAUCUUAUCUCAAUCAUUUUAAUUUGAAAAACGCACGUGUGACACGUCUUGUUUAUGUGAAAACAAAAUAAAAAGUCACAACUAGGUUUGUGUUCAUUUUCAAUUGACAUUUUAGCUGUGCGUGUUCAUAAUGUCGCAUUUACCUAGAGUUAACCUAGACGAACCUAGGUGGGAUCAGAAUACCUAUAUAGGAAGAGCAAAAUAUUUUUUUACGACAGUUAACCCUUUAAAUGUAUUUGCGUCGUCAAAAACUUUAGAAAAUUCAAAAAAUAUUGUUUUGAAAUACAAGGCUGGUGAAGAGCUGCCAAAGUCAAUAACGAUGGCUGAUGUUUAUCGAGCCAAAGACCUCUAUGAUUCUGCAUUCCACCCAGAAACUGGAGAAAAAAUGAUUCUGAUUGGUCGCAUGUCAGCUCAGGUGCCCAUGAAUAUGAUCAUUACCGGCUGUAUGAUGACUUUCUACAAGUCGACUCCUGCUGUGGUGUUUUGGCAGUGGGUCAACCAGUCCUUUAAUGCUGUGGUUAACUACACUAACAGAAGCGGCUCCUCAUCUAUACCCGUUGAUCAGUUGGCAAAGUCUUAUGUUCUGGCAACUGGAGGAGCUCUGGUUACGGCGAUCAGUCUCAACAGGAUGGUUACGAAAGCUCCAUCCCUGAUAGGCAGGCUGGUCCCCUUUGCUGCUGUUGCAGCUGCCAACUGCAUCAAUAUUCCAAUGAUGAGGAUGAAAGAACUAAAAGAAGGAGUAACUGUUUUUGAUGAAAAUAACAACAAGCUAGGAGAGUCAAAGAUAGCAGCCCAGACAGGCAUAGCAGCCGUGGUGUUCAGUCGCAUACUCAUGGCCACUCCUAGCAUGGUUAUGACGCCAGUUGUGGGGAACAUGCUGGAUCGCAAGGGGGUAUUCCGACGCUAUCCCUGGAGUCCUGCCCCCAUACAGAUGUUACUGUGUGGCUUCUUUCUUACAUUCGCCACUCCAAUGGCAUGUGCGCUCUUCUCUCAAAGAGCUCAAAUUAGUGUCAGUAGGCUUGAGGACACAAUAAAGAAAGAGGCAGAAAAGCUGAAACCUCCUCCAACUGUAGUUUACUUUAACAAAGGCCUCUAAAUACAAUUGAAUCUUGCCAACAUUCCACUGCCUUGGGAAGCAAACAUGUAAUCCGAGAUUGUAUAUGUUGUCAUUGAUGUUAUCAGUUAUGUAGUGUGUAAUGACGAGACAAUAACUUAAAAAUCUUUAUAUUCCUUUAUUUUAUAUUUUUACUUAUAAUUGCUUGUUACUUAGAUUUUAUCAUAAGGGCUGUGUGUUUAAUCAUUUGAAAUCUAUUAUAAAUAUGUGUUGUCUUUUAAACAAUCCUGCCCAUACUAUAUAAUGUGCUACACAUUCUAUACCAAUAAAAUAGAGAAGGUAUAUAUUAUCACAUAUCAAUUGUAAUUUUAUAAUUACAAAAUAAAUUGUAUUGUUUGUGACUAUCCAUCCACCUGCAUGGUUCUUAUAUUUUUAGGUCUUUCCCCUAUUCUACUCUCUUAUUUCCAUCUAGCACUGAUAAAUAAGAAACUAAAGAAACUAGACCUUUUUGUUUUUGGAAAACUUUUAAAAUUAAUUUGUAAUCGGAGAAUUUUGUUUACUAUAAUUAUAUCCUAAUAAGAUGUGCAUAAUUGGUGCAAAAAUCAACAAUGUAAGUGAGUUGUAAACUUCAUAUGCAGACAGACAGAUGGAAACUACCUAAACAUUGUAUGUUGUUUCAUGUAUCUGUUGAUCUAUCAAAUAAUCUGUCAAUAAUUUCUGGACACCCUGACUAAAAGAUUAGUUACAAUUAUUUUGUUUGCUUUAAAAAUUCAUUCUUUUUUAAUCCAAUAUAUGUUUACUAACAUACACCUUAGUAAAUUCGUAUAACUAUUUUUAAAGGUAAUAUGGUGGCUCUAUUUUGUAUUUUUAUUUCCUCAGAGUUUAGGCAAUGAUUUCAAGUAUGUUGCCAACUGUUCUAUUAGAAUAACAAGAAUUGAAACUAAACUAAUUUAUUGUUGUUAUAUGUAAGGUUUUUAAUAUGAUAAGAAAUGACAUAUGUUAAAAUUAGAUAAUAAAGAUGAUGUAGUUACAGUAUUUUCAAACACACGAUAAUUAUAUUUUUGUUUAAGUAAAUAAUCUAUAAUUGAUAUUCAAAUUUUAUUUUAUGCAUGUUAUAUUACAUAUUUAUUUGUAUGAUUUUUAAUUAUUAAAUUUAUUGUAUCUUUAUUUUAGAAGAGAGUAUAUAUUCUUAUGUGCAUUUAUGUUUCAAAGGCAUAAAAAACACACAUGUUGUAUUCUUGUUUGUUUUAAGUGACCUGAAAUGUGGAGAUGUAGCCUACUCAUCAUUAAUUUAUAUUGUAUUGUGGAUUGCUAAUUAUGGUUCGUUAUUAUAGAUUAAUUGCUGUUGUUUCUUAUCUACCAGUUGAUGCUUCAUGUUGAUCAGUAUUAUUCCAUCUCACUGUACUAUUCUACGAUCUUCUUUGUGGUUGCAUGUUAGCAUUUGUUAUCAAUAUCAAGUUGUUUUGGAGGUCUAAACCUUCUAAACUUGCACCUUAAUCUAAUCUUAAGUUGUUAUAUUUCCUCCUUGUUAUCUACUCGGUAAUGAGCAGCUAUCAGUGACUAUACCUGCUAUGUUAUGGUGACUAACAUGAAAUAAUUUUCAAGGUCAUUACUCCUCUCUGGAAUAUCGUAGAACGAGAUUCUAGCUGUAAUAAGAAUAUUUACUUUUGCCACUUAGACAGUACAGUAUUUGCCCUCUUAACUGAUCGCCUUUGGUAUCAAAGCUUGUUUGUGUAAAGGAAUAGUCAAUUAAAUCGAAAAUUGCCAUUGUAUAAUCUCUAGGAUAUAAAUAUCAUAAUGUGCCUAGUUAUUUAUAACCAUUUAUGUUCAUUCAUGUACAUUUCACUAAUUGUGUCAAUUAAUUGUACAAAGUACACUCAAGAAAAACUUUCACACCAAACUAUAAGUAAUAAUAUACUGUACACAAGAUAACUCAGAACUAAGACAGUAGAAACAACGACUUUAGUGACUUGUUCAUUGUUAUUGCACUGAAUACAGUUAAAAACAUAUGUGACUUAUCUCCAGGAAUGGCAACAGUUAGGCCGAUGGAUUGUUGAUCAGAGGCCGGUUAAUAGGGCAUAUACUGUAUUAAUAUGUAAAUGAUUAUAAAUUAGCAUAAUUAAUUUUUUAUACAGUAAACCAAAGUUAUAACUAUAAUCAGUAAAUGCUAACUAGCUUUAAUUUUAAUCUGUGCUUAAAGGUUAGCCUGAAGAUGUCAGUGAGGUAUCACGUAGACCAAACUGUUAGAAAUAUACUAAUGCAAGCCAGGAUUCGAACUUAAACUAUUAAGAAAUAUAGAAUUGAUGCUCUUCUACUUAGCCCUUUCAAGUCACUGUAGGAUGAUUACCAGUGGAGGUUAAGAAAAGAUCCAUCUCCACCAAGACUGUAAAUUCGUGGUUUUUUUUAGUGAUUAAGCUUCUUUCACAAUUUCCUGACUUAUGCAUGUCACAACGCUCUGGUAUGAUCUUUUUAUUUUAACCUAGACAUUUACGUGUUGGGUUAGUUAUAUACCUAAGGAAGAGAUCAGAUUGCAGAUCUCACAAAGCAUUGUUACUGAUUUGUUUGUAUCAUUGAACAAUGGCAAAUGUCCGGAAAAAUCCUGUUUCCUUCACUUGUCAGUUUCAGUCAAUUUCUCUACAAAAUUAUGAAAGAAGUCUUCUUCAAAAUAGUAUAAAUAAGCUAUUUGGCAUUUUUAACACUUAAAAUCCAAAUUUAAUACUCCUAGAGGCUGUAUGUACUAAGAAAUUUCAAUAAUUAAUGUAAAUUAACCCAUCCUGCCUGUUCUCUGGCUACUUCACUGAAGUACAAGUUGAUAAAUUUUUGUAGAACACUUGAAUAAAAAUACAAUUAUUAAUCUCUUCAUUCAUAGACCUUCUUAUAGUGCACACAAAACGCUCAAUUUGUUAAACUUAAAGCAAUAUUAAAAUAAGCUAUAGAAAUAUUUAAGGCACACAUAUAUAUUUUAAACAGAUUCGAAAGUGUUGAAUUUGUUUCCAUUCUUUAUUAUUAAACAUAGGUACUUACUGAUUAAUAACUUUAUUUGCUGAAGUAUUUUGUAGAAACAAUAUAAAUCCAACAAAUGGAAUAUACAUGUUGCACAAUUAUUUUAUAGUGAAAUGAUGUUAUGGCAUUGAUUCUCUUAAUGUAGGAGAGUUUAAUUUAGAGCAAUUACACUUCUACUUUAUAUUUUUAUCUUUAAGCCACCAAAGUCUAGUCAUUAAUUAAGUAUUUUAGCAAUGUACACAAAUUAUCUUGCUUACUGUCCAUACAAUUACUGUAUAAAUAGCACUUGGAUGUAGAGUAUUUGCUUAGUUUCAAUAUUAAGUCACCUGAUUUGAGUUUCAGUGUUUAAUCUUCUUUUAAUUAAGAGUUCUUUUAAUUAAGAGUUCUUUCAAUUAAGAGUGUUUACUACAUUGUAAUGUAAAUAAUAAUUUUUUACAACAAUUUUCUAAAAUUUUGUUAUGAUAGUAAUUUAUUAUUACUAUAAAACAAUAGUAUUUUCAUUAUUUUUCAUAUUUUUCAUUCACCCAGUAAGUAUUUUAAAAGUAAUGACUUAUGAAAUGUACUUUUCAAAAAUAAAUGACUGGCUGGCUUCAUUAAGAAAAUCUCACUAAAAAUAAUUUUAAUGUUGUAAGUUGAUGUUUAAUGUAAUCUGCAGCAGAAGUGAAAGUUAAAAGUAAUAUUGUGAUGUUGGACAAUAAAGAGUAAAUAAAUUUAUGUUCCUGUAAAGUGCUAUGUUUUAUUAAACUUGAUUAUCUCAAA